ACUGGCAACACGCGUUCGGCACGGCCUCGUCUGCCAUUCGGCGAGAGAGAAGUUAUCGCUACGAUCCCUCUUCUAUGGGUUGACUCCGCACCGGGUGAUUGCGAAGAAUUGAGCGGCGAAGUUGUGAAAAAACAGCGAUAUAUUUCCUUGCAAUCGCUGGCUGUCAGUGCUGGAUCUGCCUCAUGUCGGGCGUUGCCAUUUCCCAGUUAGGAGCGAGAUUGUAAAAGGGCGAGAUUACAUCCGGAUAAUUCUGCUGAAAGGCGAUUCACCGACACAUUUUUUUUGAAUGAUGAGCCACUGCUGAAGAUGACUCUCGCAUCGUUGAUAAGUGGGCUGCAGCGCCUCUCGCUGUGCGUACUCGUGGGCGUGGCGCUCCGGCCUCCCGCCCACGGCCUGGUGAUCAAGCACGAGCCCCAGGUGGACACGGAGCUGUACGUGGCGCCGGCGACCUACACGCGGAAGGACGGCAAGGCGCUGCCCAGCACCAUCAUCAUCUCCCGCCCCAUCGGCGUACGUGAUGAGCCCGAGAAGCCGCCCCUAAGGGACUUCCCGCAGGACGCGCUGACUUUCGUGAGCGCCGCCGAAGACUCGAGGGAAGGCAGCAUCGACCUCAAGCACAACAUCAAGUUUUACAAGAUCGAGUGCACCAGCGGCCGCUCCUGCUCCUCGAUCAUCCCCGCCUACACCACCACUCCUCCCCCCCUCAACCUCAAGCCUCUGAGUGACGAGGAGCUCAAGGAGUACCUCGAGCAGUUCAGUCUCCGAAAUGGAUUCCAGUAUUCCGACGACUUCGAGUCGAGCGGCAGCCCGUCCGUUCCCGAGGAGUCGGACUUCGACGGAGAAGCGAGCGAGGAGCGCGCGUUCGGAGGACACAGUGACAGGGGUUACUGGCCGGGGUCGAGGUUCCGCCCGGGCGCUAAGCCUUCGAGAGGGCAAGUGUUCAAGUACCAGUCAGUGAGUGGGUCGAGGGACCACGGGACUCAGGACCCCUUCCGGUUGCCGUUUGUGACUUGGGAUCAGAUCUCAAGCGACUUUCCCUCGAGGCCCACCAACAGCUGGGACAGGGUGUCGAACAAACGGCCCAGCAACGCCCAGUCCUACGAUCGCUUUUCCACGCAGAAAACCCGCCGGCCAAGCCAGAAGAAUCCACGGCCUCAGUUGCUGAAGCCCGCGGCCCCGCACGACGACGCCAUUCUCCCUCCGUCCGGCCCCCCUCGGCCCCCGCCGCGGCCCACCAAACGGCCCUCUGCCUAUGACGGGGUUUGGAACCGAUACGGCAUGUCCACGGUGUCCCAGCUGGACCGCGACACGGGGAAGUGGGUGAAGAUAUCCUCCAGCAACACACAUUUGGAUGAGAGGCCCUAUAGCGAGCCUGCUCGCCCCUCGGAUCCUCACCGGACCCCCACCCACCACGCCUCCGCGAGCCUCACGGUCCUCGGCGUGAACGACAGGCAGCCCCAUUCCUUCCCCAGCUAUGAGCGCAACAGUUCCCACACGGUGGAGGUGCCCAGCGCGCUCCCGGGCAACCCUCCGGAGACGAUCGAAACCGGUGGAGAUUACGUGCAGAGCUUCGCUUCGGUGCCUCUGUCCGUGAUCGCCCCGGGGCUGUUUCGCCCCCUGACUCCUGCCCCGGCGUCCUCCAUCGAGACCACGGGCGUCGCCCACGUGAGUGUUCCCCUUUAUCUCAUCUCUCCCCCUCCCCUUACUGCAGCUAUCUCUGACGAACCCAAUACUACCACAACCUCUAGUACCACCACCACCACCACGACUACCGCACGCCCUCCUCCCACCACUACCACCCGGCCGACCAGCACCAGCACAACUGCAAAGCCUCCCCAGCAGGCGCCUGCCGGGUUCUUCGACAACCCUUCUGCUGUCAUGGCUGCUGUGGGAGCCGGUCUCAUCCCCGCCACUUUCGCUGCCCUUCUGCCCGUGUUCGUUGGAGGCCGCAGGAGGCGCAGACGCAGAUCUGUUGUUCUCGACGACCUGGGCCCCAGUCGGAAAGGGAUUCCUGAGGAGCAAGUUGCUGAAGUGAGCCCCAGGGUGUGGCGGGCCUUGAAAGCCCACCGAGACAACGACAGAUAGUUUGACCCGCGGCUUUAUCUGACUUCCUGACGCAGACAUUCUUCAGACGAUGAGUCAUAGGCGAAGGCAGUCAAUGACGAAAUAGAAGAAAGCGCCACUGAAUUGCCUUGCACUGAAGAGGCGCUGAAUCUGAAACCAAAAGUCCGAAAAUAAUCUGUUAAGAAACCAAGGACUCUCGGACUCUCUGCAGUGAGGAUAUUUGAAGAGCAGGACUCACAAAUGCAAAAUAUAUUCACAAAUGGAUUCAGCUUUAGGAAUCGCGCUGAAUAAAUGUAAAAAAUGACACAACGAAGGAAAAAUAAUGAUGAUAUUAGAUGUCUUGAUAAUUAUUUUGAUUAAUACUUGUUGUUUGUUCACAAAUCACUCCAUUGCAUCUAUAAACAUGCUGGACAUGUUUAUUUGUAUUUUUACAUGUUGUUGAUUUAUUACUAGCCUGGGCAUGUGAUAUUUAGAACUCUGUAUUAGCAGCCAUUUGGUAAAGUUUGAAUAUGAGAAUAUGUGUACUUAUCUAAAUCUGUGUAUGUAUGUAUCUUUCUAUUUGGGCGCGCGCGUGUGUAUGUGUGUGUGUGAAAGAGAGAGAGAGAAACAAACAAAAAGAGAGUGAGAGAAACAGAAAGAGAGUAAAAGAGAAACAGAAAGAGAGAGAGAAGAAAGAAAGAGAGAGAGAGAGAGCGAGAGAGAGAAAGAGAGAAAUGCUUAGUAGAUAUUAAAAUUAUUGCUUGUUACUUUCUUUUCUCCUUUCUGUUCAUCUUUUUUCAUGAAAGUUAUGUUUCUAUGCGCAUGUAUUUUUAGAUGAUGUUAAUUUCUAGAGUAUGUAUUUUCCUUGUUUCAUGAAAUAAAAAUGACUCGUUUA